CAAGAUGGCGGCGGCCGGAGCGGUCUGAGGAGCAGCCGGCGCUCCCCGCGCUCCCCCUGCGGCCCCGCCGCCCCUUUUGGGGGGUCCCCCCGGCUUCGGGGGGCUCGGGGAGAGCGCGGAGAUGGCGGAGGAGAAGAAACUGAAGCUGAGCCACACGCUGCUGCCCGCCGAGUCCAUGAAGGUGAUGGCGGAGGCCAUGGGGGUGGCGGGGGUCCCUGAGGAGACGUGCCAGCUGCUGGCGGAGGAGGCGAGCUACCGCCUCAAGGAGGUGGCGCAGGACGCUCUCAAGUUCAUGCACAUGGGGAAGAGACGGAAACUCACGACCGGGGACGUGGAUUUCGCCCUAAAACUGAAAAAUGUGGAGUGGGGUUCCCCCCCCCCAGCCCACUGGCUCAGCAUCGAGGGGGUGCAGCCGGCCAUCCCCGAAAAUCCCCCGCCAGCCCCCAAGGAGCAGCAGAAAGCCGAGGCCACCGAACCCCUGAAAUCGGCCAAGCCCGGCCAGGAGGACGAGGGGACCCCGAAAUCCAAAGGGCCGGGAGGGGCCGGGGGCGACGGAAAAGGGAAGGAGAAGAAGCCCCCGAUGCUGGAGGGGCCCCCGCUGCGGCUGAAGCCGCGCAGCGUCCACGAGCUGUCGGUGGAGCAGCAGCUCUACUACAAGGAGAUCACCGAGGCUUGUGUGGGCUCCUGCGAGGCCAAACGGGCCGUGAGUCACCCCAAAAACACCCCAAAAUCACCCCAAAAACACCCCAAAAACACCCCGAAAUCCUGCAGAGUGCGGGUGAACGUGGUGCAGAACAACCUGGCGCUGCUCAUUUACCUGAUGCGCAUGGUGAAGGCGCUGAUGGACAACCCCACGCUGUACCUGGAGAAAUAC